GCAGAAAUCAGCGUCUGCGCGUGCGCCGUGUGCAAGCAUCGGCCCCAGGCUUGUCACAGAGCCUGGCCACCGCAGGGCGGCGGGGGUCUCAGUGCUGCUGCGGCCGAAUCUGUAGCGUGAGGCGUCCUUGAGCUGAGAGGACCAUGAACCGCAGUCGGCAGGUGACGUGCGUGGCCUGGGUCCGCUGCGGCGUGGCCAAAGAGACGCCAGACAAGGUAGAACUUAGUAAAGAAGAAGUAAAACGUCUCAUUGCUGAAGCUAAGGAAAAAUUACAAGAAGAAGGUGGCAGUGACGAAGAGGAGACAGGCGAUCCUUCAGAAGAUGGCAUGCAGAGUGCACGUACCCAGGCACGACCAAGGGAGCCCCUGGAAGAUGGCGACCCAGAGGACGACAGGACGCUGGAUGAUGAUGAACUGGCUGAGUACGACUUAGAUAAAUACGAUGAGGAAGGUGACCCAGAUACUGAAACUCUUGGUGAAUCUCUCUUGGGUCUUACAGUCUAUGGAAGUAAUGAUCAAGAUCCUUAUGUUACUCUGAAAGAUACGGAGCAGUAUGAACGUGAAGAUUUCCUGAUCAAGCCCAGUGACAAUCUGAUAGUUUGUGGCAGAGCCGAACAAGACCAGUGCAAUUUAGAGGUCCACGUUUAUAAUCAAGAAGAAGAUUCCUUUUAUGUGCAUCAUGAUAUACUGCUGUCUGCAUACCCUCUAAGUGUGGAAUGGCUGAAUUUUGAUCCCAGUCCAGAUGAUUCUACAGGAAAUUAUAUUGCUGUGGGAAACAUGACCCCCGUUAUUGAAGUGUGGGACCUUGACAUAGUGGACUCUUUAGAACCAGUCUUCACUCUUGGAAGUAAGCUAUCGAAAAAGAAGAAAAAGAAAGGGAAGAAGAGUUCCUCCGCAGAGGGGCAUACCGACGCUGUCCUGGACCUUUCCUGGAAUAAGCUGAUCAGAAACGUGCUGGCAAGUGCAUCAGCUGACAACACUGUAAUUCUGUGGGAUAUGUCCUUAGGGAAGCCAGCAGCUAGCCUUGCUGUACACACAGACAAGGUCCAGACUUUGCAGUUUCAUCCAUUUGAAGCACAGACUCUGAUUUCUGGAUCCUAUGAUAAGUCAGUGGCUUUGUAUGACUGCCGAAGUCCAGAUGAAAGCCAUCGAAUGUGGCGAUUCAGCGGGCAGAUUGAGAGAGUGACUUGGAAUCACUUUUCACCUUGUCAUUUUUUGGCCAGUACGGAUGACGGCUUUGUGUAUAAUUUGGAUGCACGUUCAGAUAAGCCAAUUUUUACACUUAAUGCACACAAUGAUGAAAUUUCUGGUCUUGAUCUAAGUAGUCAAAUCAAGGGCUGUCUUGUGACAGCAUCAGCAGACAAGUAUGUGAAGAUCUGGGACAUAUUAGGAGACAGGCCAAGUCUGGUUCACUCUAGGGACAUGAAAAUGGGAGUUCUAUUCUGUUCUUCCUGUUGCCCUGAUUUGCCAUUUAUUUAUGCCUUUGGAGGUCAGAAAGAAGGGCUUCGGGUCUGGGAUAUAAGCACAGUCUCAUCAGGUAAGAAUUUUAAUUCCCUUUUUCUAAACGAGAAAAAUGUGUGGCUUGAAUACAAUAAGUAGAUCUGGUGUUCAUCCUGUAAUGUAGUCUGCUUGGGGAAAUAGACAAGAUCACAUGUAAUUUGGAGAUGUUCAUGUUCACAAAUUUGUCUUCACAAUUUAAAUGUAGAUUAUUUUUAAAAUACUUGACAAAAUUUGAAUUUAUGGGAAAGCUGGAAGGAAAUACAACAUGGUUUCUAAGAACAGCCCUCCCCUUCCCAGUGUGAAUAAUCCACCUUUUCUCAACUACUUCCCACAAAAUCCAGCUUUCCUUAAGGGACCCCUCUUCUCCGGAGACUUCAGGGGAACCUGGUUGCUUAUUUAUUACCUUGAGGUUGUCUGGCUUGUCCUGUACACACAGAAGAUGUAGCUCUUCUGAUCCCUCAGUCUUCCUUGUAGAAAAAAGAUUUUAAAUCCAAAAAAGUUUUCUGCUGGUUAAUGGAAGAAAAUAGUCACUUUAUCAAGGUAGACUAAAACCAGGACAAGGCAAAGUAAGUUAAAUAGCAGACCAAUUUAAAACACGGUUAACUUCAUUCAGAAUAUUAAUGUGGACUUCUGUAUUGGUUAUUUCAUUUCCCAUUGAUAAAGUGUUAAAUAUAGUUUCAUAAAACUUCCACACUAGGGCAGAGAACCAUCCUUGUUCAUUCCUGUAUCUCAGUAUUUUAUAUCAUAGGUUCUUAAUUUUCUGACCUG